GCGUUGUACAUUUCACAGGUAGACUUACUUUAUCAUUACUGCUAGUUGACACUCCAAUUGCAUGCGCGCCGUUGUUGGGACCUCCAGUGACAUCGCGUACCAAUCCUAUUUGCAACGGCAGCCGUCUCCCAUGUCGGUCAAGGCGAUGCGUUCCCACGUACCGACGAGACGCUCAAGGCAGCUAUGGAUACUGUUCCUGCUCGGUCACGCUUAUAGCCUUCGUGCGUUGACGCCCCACAGUAAAGCCAACACGCACAGCAAGAAACCCAUGUUCCAACACGCCUUGGCUAUUCUCACCAUGCCCAACAACAGUGUGGAUCGCAUUAUCAACGAAGCUAUUCUGGAAAAAGCCUUGCCCUCGGCACACAAACUUUCCGUUGUUUUGCGUUGUCAAGGAACGAACAAGCGCAGUGGAACUUCGACGUCGCCCUCGUUGGCAACGUUGCGUCGCUACGUUGGCGAAGUAUAUUCACAAAUGUGGGAUCUCGCCAUGCACAGUCCACAACUCCUGGCGCAGCAGCAGUCGCAACAACAACAAUCACUCGACGAGAGUUCCCGCAACGCCGCCUCUCCCACAGACUUCUUUGUCCUCCCCGACGUUGUGGUCUACCCCCAAAAUUUGCCCAACGCGGCACCGGAAAGCUGGAUUCACAUACAGAAAGAUCUCGACCUCGUCUGCAGUGUGGAUUCCAUGGCUGGAUGGAUUUCCACACAAGCAACGGGACGGGGAGAACGCUACCAACGCAUGCAUGGGGAUGGGCUGGGUGGCCUCGACGAGCACGUGCAAGCCAUGAACAGUGAACGGGCCUUUCGAAAUCUUGCACCCGUGCAAAUACUGCACGUAAAUCCCUCGGACUGUAUGACCAACGCCGUCGUGGACCCGAACGUGGUCUUUUUGGACGAUGACGAAGAGACCGAACGGUUACCGAAGGUACAACAACAACAACAUCGAAAAGGACAAUCAAAAAGUAUGGACCAGGGCGUGACGUGCAACGGCGGCGCUGAUGACGACGAAGAAUGUGAUUUGAUUCUCGGUGGAGCUCGCAUAACGCAAGGACGAUUAUUCGAUUCCGUUGCGGUCGGCGGCACGUUCGAUGGCUUGCAUUUUGGCCACCGCAAACUGUUAACCCUCGCCAUGUCGUCGGUACAUCCCGUCACGGGCUUGCUACUCGUUGGAGUCACGGUCGAUGACAUGCUCCGACGCAAACGCUUCGCGGAAUAUAUCCCUUCGCUGCAAGCCCGUAUGGAAGGCGUCCAGGACUUCUUGCACCGUCUCGCUCCGGGCAUGAAGAACAACAUCCGUAUCGUCCCGAUUCGAGACGCCUUUGGUCCACCAGGACAACCGGGUUGGCAUUUUGACGCCCUUGUAUUGAGUCAUGAAACUCUCGAGACGGGGUACGCGCUCAACGAGCACCGCAUCGAACAGGGCAUGCAUCCACUGACAUUGUUGUGUACCCGACGAACCGAAGCACACGGCAUGAGUAGCACGGCCUUACGACGCCGUCGCUCGUUGCAAACGAGCGCAACGGCGUCCAGCGCUCCCACACGAAACGCGGCGGUCCUAAGACAGCAGCAGCAGCAGCAACCAACAAGGGAUCAAAACAACACUUCAGCAGCAGCCGGAUCCAGCAACGGAGCGAAGUCUCAUCCCCAUUCCACGUCCGUCAACGGACACGACUCUGCGGGGAGAAGGUCGGCCAAUCCGCUUUAACGCAGCCACGGCACAUUGAACCGGUUUGUACCAUUUUUUCUUUUUACACUACGUAUUUGUUAAUUCUACCUGAGUUACAUAAGGAUACACUUCACUCU